CACAGGGCUGGGGGCUGAUGAGAGAUGUUCUACACUUCACAUGCAACCAGGAGAUCUGAAAAAGGGGUAGAUUGACGGGUUUAUAACUGAAGGGCAAUAAAUAAAAGCUAGAAGGAAAUUAUUCGCUAAAUCUGGAGAAGUUGUUUACAAUUUGUUGUUCCACUUUACGCGCGAGAGAUUAAACUCGUCACCAACUAUUUUAACUCCAUGUGCCUUUUAACUGGAAGAUUAACCAACCAUGAACUCCCACAAACGAUCCGUAACUUCUUUGUAGAAGUUAGAGGCAUAAAAGUGCGACGUGCACCGCUGAGGGCAAAAGGAGCGCGUGGGUAAAACGAUAUUCAAAACCAGUUCAGCAGAGGGAACGGAGGGGUGUUGAGAUUCAAAAUAAAGCGAUACACACCACUGGAGAGACACAUGAAGCCUUCAUAAUUUUAACGGGAUUAACAUAUGGACAUACCUCAAAGAGAAGCGGAUAAACAAAAAUGUUUUAAGUACCAGAGAAAAAGUUUGAAAGAACUUCGGAGCGGAGAUGGAAAAGCGCAACGUGUAGUGGUAUUAGAAACAAAACACUCUUGCAGGAUUUCGAAAACGCUACAUUUGUCGUUAGUCGGUCAAGAAAUCACAAACAUUUAAAUAUCCCCGUCGGUUUGUACAUUUUGGAUAAGAACCAAGAAAAACCUAAAGGUGGAGGACAACUCUGAAAUCACAGCCUAAGAGUAGUGAUCGGAGCUUGCUUUAAAAAACCAUCACUGGGUGCUGAAGAUCUCAAAGGACUGCUACAGACCCAAGCAUCACAUAGCACCGAACCAUUAAGCCGCAAAAGCUAUCAGCUGGUGGUUUUUAUUUUGUAAAGAAAUGCACAAAGUCAGAGGAAAAGAUUUGUUGCUCGGGGUAGUCUUCUUGACACUUUUUCUGGUGCUGGUCAAGGGGUUUCCCACAAAAAAACACAAGAACAGCACCCCAAAGGUCAGAAGCGGCACAUUUUUGGAGAAGGCGAAACCUCAAGCGGCUUCCAGUGAUGGUCUUCAAGAGCUGGAGGCCCUGCUGGAGCACAACCAGGUGAAGAGCGUCCCAUCAUCGCCCCGGCGGCAUAAGAGGCGGUGGUCCCAGCGCCGCUCGGACGGGGUCCUGCCCAAACCAGAACCGGAGGAGGAGGCCGAGCCCUUCGUCCUGGACCUGAAGAACUUCCCUGACCUCGCAAAUGCAGAUCUCAGCUCCCAGAACCCAAACAUUCAGGUGACCAUUGAGGUCGUGGACAACCCUCAGACAGAGAUCGAGAUGGACUUGGCCAAGGAGGGCCGGAACGACUGGUCCCUGUCCUCUGUGGACUGGCUGGGCAACAAGAAGCUGUUCUGGCCCCUGUUCUGGGAGUACCCUGACUCGAGCGAGGACGGGACGGGCCGGAUGAGCCUGGAGGAGGCGGAGGACUACACGCUGGAGUACGACAGCGAGGAGUCCGUCCUGAGCGGCGUGGGCGGGGACUGGGAAGGCCGAUGGAACAAGGGAUGGGACUCCAAGGACACCUACGAAUACGAGGAGGAGGAGGAGUGGAGCGCCUGGUCGCCCUGCAGCGUCACAUGUGGCCAUGGCAACCAAAAGAGGAUCCGGUCCUGUGGCUAUGCCUGCACGGCGACGGAGUCCAGGACCUGCGACCUCGAGCGAUGCCCAGAUGACCUGAACGCUGUGACGGACCUCAUGCCCUACGAGACAGAAAAUGGCACGGAGCCUUUUGAUGCAGACGUUGACAGCUGUGAAAAAUGGCUCAGCUGCAAGAACGACUUCCUCGAGAAGUACCUCCACCAGGUCCUGACGGAGCUCCCCAGCUGCCCUUGCAGCUACCCCUCGGAGGUGGUCUACAGCGCCGUCAACAUCUACGACGAGAAGCUGAAGAAGACGUACCGGUGGCGCGACGCCAGCGGGCCCAAGGAGCGGCUGGACAUCUACAAGCCCUCGGCCAAGUUCUGCGUGCGCUCCAUGCUCUCCUUCGACAGCACCACCCUGGCGGCCCAGCACUGCUGCUACAACGACCACAUGAAGCUGAUCACCCGAGGCAAGGGCGCCGGAGCGCCCAACCUCAUCAGCACCGAGUUCUCUCCCGAGCUCCACUACAAGGUGGACGUCCUGCCCUGGAUUCUGUGCAAGGGGGACUGGAGCCGCUUCCACGCCGUCCGGCCACCCAACAACGGCCUGCAGUGCGUGGAGAACCCCGCGGAGGACGUCUACCUGAACGAGCUGGAGGAGGCCAGGGAGUACUGAGUCAGUCCCUGGAAAGGGGAAACCAAAAUCUCCCUCCGUCCAGUGUCCUGUCAUCCAAAACUAUGAAACGUAUCUCGGCACCAAACGUGGCCAUUUCAACCAUUUUAACUCACUGUGGAAUGCUCAAACACGUCUGUACACAUGAGUAUCGCAUCUUACUGGCGCGUUGUGUUGGUGACCGAGAGGUGUGGUGGCAACAAAGGCUUUUUUUUUCCUUGAAAGAAGUGACCUACUGCAAGCCAACCUCCACUAAUUUUUUGAGGAAACUAAAGGUGUUGCAGGUAACUGCAGACAUUUUAUAGAUACUAGGCUGGUAAUUUAUUGCUCGAACAUUCUUGGGAUUGGGACAGUGGUUGGGAUGACUUUAACACUGAUGUACAACAAAACAGAAAUAACACUGGCUUAAAAACUUUGGGAAAUGCCUAAAGCAACAGACUUUGAUGCAAGAGGCACUGCUUCCCAUCCAAAUGUUCACUUCACAGAAUCAUAUGUGCUGCUACAAAGAAAAGAGACUUGGAGUGGUUGUGGGUGGUGCGUCUCCAUCUUCUGGAAUGUGGGCGCUGUAUUUAUUUGAUCGUAUGGGCCAUUUUGUUUUUCAAGACUCAAGAUGUUUUACGAAAAGAAUUCCGGACAUGCUGCUAAAAAUGCAAUGAAUUCAAAUUUAAUUUAAUUCUGUUCUCCCAUAUAUAAUGCUUCUUGGAUUGGCUUAUGUCUGGUAUGUAAGAUCAAGCCAGAUAGAUCAAACACAGGCCAGAUUGACCCAAUUCUGCUUUUCUUGGAUGGUUUAAUUUUGGCCAGGCAAUAUUUCUCCAAUUUCAAUUUGGCCCUUAUGUCUAAUCUUGUAUUUUAUAGGCUAGAUUUCAGACCAUAGCUGAAACUUUCAUGUAGGAAAAAAAAGAUAUAAAAUGAGAAAAUGGGAAAUCAGACUAAAUGUGUGCAGGUUUUACAUGUUUAGGAUCUUAGAUCUACACUCGUUUGUGGCAAGAGAAGAUCUAGUGAGUCAGAACAGAAAGGUAUAUCCAGAAUUAUUGCUAUUUGAGGUGAAGCAGCACUGGGACAUAAUUAUAUCAUCUGAAAAGGUAGUGAAUUAAGUAUUUUGAAGUAGUCUGAUAGAUUGUCUGGGCCUACUGGCACCAAGUUAAAGCUAUGUUUCCAGUGGGAUUUCUCUAUGCUAUCUAAGCUAUAAUUGAGUCCCCUUAGGAUUUUUUUUUCUUUUAACAAGGUCUGCCUUUGUGCUAAAUGCAGUCCACACACUUGGGAGGGGGUGGGGGAGUUGCGCUUUUCUCUUAAGGUGGGAGGUGACACUGGAAGUAAAAGGAUGGCUUUGUAAACAUGGGAGCACUUUGAACAUUAGUGCUCAUCUCCGAAUCACAAUCAAAGGCUUGCGAUUGUGUAGAAUGUUGUUUUAAGGCCCAAAUCCUCCCUUUCACAGAUUGUGUUUUUUGGUGAGCUGUGUUAUUGAGACAUGUUGACGCGGAACACCAUGAUUUGAGCUUGAAAGGACCGUGUUGACAGAAGCCUGUCCCUUCCAAGAAUAACAGAUAAGCUUUGGUGUCAUUUCACAAGUUAGGGGCUUUCUCCCUGCUGGUGUGCUUUUCUGUGAUAUGGAUCAGGCAAUAUCUAAAGACACACAGACAUAUAGCCUACUAUCUGCCAAAUGCACUGCUUCCGAGAUCCUGUUUAGAUUUGCAAUGGUCAGCAAGGGAUGUUGAGAUCAUGGGAGCUCCAAUCACAAAUAGCUGUUGCAACGAUUCAAAUUGUGCAGCCAUAGUUGGAAAAAUCGAACACAGCUGAAAAAUUGAAAUCGAACUCCAGUGACUGUACCAUAUUCCUUCUGCAUAUGCAUUUGACAUUAUUGAACUUUAAUGAAACACAGUUACCUCUGUCACACAGGUUCGAUUGGUGUUAUUUAGUUAUGCUAAUUUGUUCAAUAUAUUCAGGGACUGUUUUGUCGUAAUUAUGUCAAGUACGUGGCUAAAGGAAACCAUAGCAUGCUGGCUAAUGUCUGGCUAACCCAUAUACCUCUCUGUUGUGCAGUCUUCUCUUAAGAUUUUUAGAUAUUUUAUGUUUUAUUCAAUUCUGGUAUUUGGUACUGGUAAUUCUGAGGACACCAGUGAAUUCCUGAUAUAAUCCAGCUAGUCCUGGCCAGUAAUUCUGAGGUAUCCGUUUGCAUUAACUUAGUUGUCUUCUGAAUUGCUUAUGAAUUGACUGCAAAAGCUGGUGUUACCAUCAUUGUGUUUUAAUGAAAUGAAGUUUAACUUGGGAUCCUAACUCUAGAAACAGUGCUCACAUAAGGAGUAUGUAUGCAGAACUAGUAAUGUGCACAAACGUCUAUCAGCAGUAAGCAGUGCUUUAAAACCAUAGUAUUUGUACUACUCUUGAGUGUAUUACGGGAAUGCAUCUGACUAAAUUCAUCAUUGUAUUAUUUCAAGCUUGACGUAAAUAUGAGUAUGGAUUAUUUCUGGUGCUUUUAAGACUUAAAUAAAAAAGUUUAUUCUGUCUGGUAA